UCACAUGUCCAACUCUGUACUAAUUACAGUGUUACGAGGUAGAAUACUCUUACUGGUCAACCUGAGUCAUGUACACUCUGCUGUAAUUGACAGCACACCAGUUGUGGCAGGGACAGUUCCAAGAGGAAGCUGGGCAGGCAAAAACAAGUCUAUUUAUUCUAGUGACGGCGGCUGUUCUGUGUCUAGGCCCUGUCCUCUAGAAGUGAUGGACUGUUGAAGGGGAAGAAUUUGUCUUAUUCAACUCUCUGUUCCUGGCAAAGUGUAGGUGCUCAAAAGUGAUUGAUGAACAGAUGAACAGUGGCACAGUUGAUUUCCAUUAAAUUGGUUAUUUUGUGUUUUUUAUGCCAUGAGCUGAAAGAUUUAGGAUCUAGCUGAAGGGAGCUCUCCUUGGUAUUGACUUACCGAUGCUGACCUGUUGGAAAUGGUCAUCCAGAUAGCCAAGGAGGAUGAAGAGAAAGGGAUUAGCCAUUGAGGGACAAAUUGGGGAAGAAAGUAAGCCCAUCCCUGUAUGUUGGCCUCCUGUGCAGAUUUCUGAUUCAGUGGAGGAAGCCAGAAGUAAUUCUUGUAAAAGUUUUUAAACAAGAAUUAAUAUUAAUGAACCUUAGAGCCAGCUGUUAAUUUGACCUUAGGUUUCUUAACAGCAGAUAAUAGGCUGAGAAGACAUGGACCCUUAAAAGUUCUUUUUCUUAUCACCCAUAAUAAUUCUAACGUAAACUGAUAAAGUUUGCUUGAGACUGUGUCUCAAGGAAUCUUUGGAUUCUCACAGGCAUAGAAAAGCUCAAGAAGUAUACACAAGAAAUGGGUAACAGUGGCCUCUCUGGAGAGGGAGCUGCGUGGCUAGAGGAUAGGAGAGAGCAAGCCUGUUUUACUUACAUUCUUGUACUGUACGCCUGUUUUACCUAAGAAAAGUGUUUAAUUUAAAAAAAAAAAAGCCAGAAUAAUCUUUCAAUGGUCUUGAGGAUGCUAAGAUAUGUGACUGUGUUAUUCUAGCUCCAAAUGGACAAAAUCUUGGAAAUGGCCUCCAUAAACAAAUAUGUGCAGGUCACCUCCAUCAGUGGGAAAAGGGUCAGAUUAUGGAAUUCCCAAGAUCAUUAUAAUCUUAUCUCAGAGCACUCCAUCUUUCAGUGUAAACUUUAAUAUAGGCUCUUCCUAGUUGCUAAGCAUAGAACAAAGAAUUUUUUGCAGCAUUUUCCAAUAAGUAGUAUCCUGAUUUUAUAAGUCUGUUUAAUUCAGCCUAAAUAAGUAAACUCAAAAGACUGACUAUAACUGAAAUACCACUUUUUGCAGAUUUUAAAUUUCUUGCAGCUAAGCUCCCUUAUGGAGCAUACUCACUUUUUCACAACUGCGGUGGAUCAGUUGAGUUCCAGCCAUGCAGUGAGGUGCUUCAUCUGUAGGUCUUUAAAAGUCUUUGUUACCUGUGGGUACGCACUUAGAAUUCCUGGUGUUUUUCGUAGGAGAAUGGGUUUUCCUUUAUCCUGAGUUCCAGCUUAUGACUUCCCAUCAAUAUUUUCUAUAGAUGAGUGGACUCAGUGGUGACUACAUUUCUAAAUCUUUGUGUCUUAUUUUGAUGAGAUGUUAAACUCUUUAUCCAGGAGGCAGGGAAAACUAAGAAUGGCUGCCUUCUGGGCAUAUCUCUGCUUCAGAAGUGAAGUGGGAUUAACUUGGGACAGUUACAAAAGAGCUGCCGAAUUUUGGCUGGCCCACAGAGAGUUUAUGAAAUGAGUAGAGAAACAAGAUGUUGCUUUGCAGACUUGGGUGUCUGUGUGGGCAUCCAUUUUGAUGCCUGAUCUCUUCAGAAUUAGCCUGUAACAUAUUUUUGUUUUCCUGAAACAUCUUCUGUCAGAUAAUCUCUCUAAAAGACCUGGUUUGUGGGAACCGUUUUAUUAAACCGUUGAUUUAAAAUAAAACUUUAAAAAAAACCCAAAAACUAUAGUUAAAAAUCAUCAAAAAGAUGUUUUAAAACAAUUUAGCAAUAAAAUUUCCACAAAGAAUAAUGGAUUUGGCCUUGAGUGCACAUUAAUUAUAUCAGAAGCAACCUCUAAGUCUUACCGGUAUGCAAAUUAUCAGCAUGGCAGAGAGAGUAGAAGAUCCCAGCUAGUGGGAUUUCCGUCUUGAGUCUGAUAACUGUUUUUCAAUGAAAUACAUUUCUCUUUUGGUCCGCAUUAAACUUUGGUACUUACAGGAUAGUUUGAGACUUCUAAGGUCUAGUAAUACAUGCGGAUUCAGAAUUUCCGGGAUGUAUUGUUUGUUUUGGUAGGUUUCACUCUUACUUCCCCCUCUACUUUUCCUUUUCUGUAGUUAACAUUGAUUUUUUUUUUUUUUUUGAUUGGAAUAAUAAAAGAGGUAAUGAGAUUUUAUUAUGUUUGGGCAGUUAGAUAACUUGACCUUAUGAUAGUGGUUUACAAAUUGUAGUGGAGUUAGUGGAACAGCCAUUAUUGGUUAGAAAGCCAGGUUUGCAUGCAUUAAAUUUUAAUACCUGGUGCUUUGGCUUUUGUUUUUGGUUUUUAAACCUACUUUAUGUCCUGCAAAAAUAAUGUUGAAUUUGGAUUUAAACUGCAUGAUAAUUUCUUAACAUAUUUAAAGGAAGCAUUUAUGGAUCAGUUGGCAGCAGUACAAAUUCUCAGCUGCCCAAGUUUUACUAAUUUUAUUUUCUUAUUAAACACAAACUUGUUUGUAAAGAACUUGGGAAAGUGGAUCUAAAUUUGAAUUCCCUUACACGUGUAGGCUUUUCAUUUUUCAAAAGAAUCCCUCACUUACCUUUUUAUUUUAAUGAAGUCUCUAACAGUUGUUACCAUUUGCUCUGAUGCCAGUUGCCCAGUUUUCUCCUGCUCGGCAUUCAUUCCAUGACCAGAUAAACUAUGUUCCAACUUCCUGUCAACAAUCUUGGCAGUUUAAGAAAAGCCCGGAAAACUGUGAAAAAAAUACUUAGUGACAUUGGGUUGGAAUACUGUAAAGAACAUAUAGAAGAUUUUAAACAGUUUGAACCUAAUGACUUUUAUUUGAAAAACACUACAUGGGAGGAUGUAGGACUAUGGGACCCUUCACUUACAAAAAACCAGGACUAUCGGACAAAACCUUUUUGCUGCAGCGCUUGUCCAUUUUCCUCAAAAUUCUUCUCUGCCUACAAAAGUCAUUUCCGGAAUGUCCAUAGUGAAGACUUUGAAAAUAGGAUUCUUCUUAAUUGCCCCUACUGUACCUUCAACGCAGACAAAAAGACUUUGGAAACACACAUUAAAAUAUUUCAUGCUCCAAAUGCCAGCGCACCAAGUAGCAGCCUCAGCACUUUCAAAGAUAAAAACAAAAAUGAUGGCCUUAAACCUAAGCAGGCUGACAGUGUAGAGCAAGCUGUUUAUUACUGUAAGAAGUGCACUUACCGAGAUCCUCUUUAUGAAAUAGUUAGGAAGCACAUUUACAGGGAACAUUUUCAGCAUGUGGCAGCACCUUACAUAGCAAAGGCAGGUGAAAAAUCACUCAACGGUGCAGUCCCCUUAGGCUCAAAUACCCGGGAAGAGUGCAGUAUACACUGCAAGCGAUGCCUUUUCAUGCCGAAGUCCUACGAAGCUUUGGUACAACAUGUCAUCGAAGACCAUGAACGCAUAGGCUAUCAGGUCACUGCCAUGAUUGGGCACACGAAUGUGGUGGUUCCCCGAUCCAAACCCUUGAUGCUAAUUGCUCCCAAACCUCAAGAGAAGAAGGGCAUGGGACUCCCACCAAGAAUUGGUUCCCUUGCUUCUGGAAAUGUCCGAUCUUUACCGUCACAGCAGAUGGUGAAUCGACUCUCAAUACCAAAGCCUAACUUAAAUUCUACAGGAGUCAACAUGAUGUCCAAUGUUCACCUACAGCAGAACAACUAUGGAGUCAAAUCUGUAGGCCAGGGCUAUGGCGUUGGCCAGUCAAUGAGACUGGGUCUAGGUGGCAAUGCACCAGUUUCCAUUCCUCAGCAGUCUCAGUCUGUGAAGCAGUUACUUCCCAGUGGAAAUGGAAGGUCUUAUGGGCUUGGGUCAGAGCAGAGGUCCCAGGCACCAGCAAGAUACUCCCUUCAGUCUGCUAAUGCCUCUUCUCUCUCAUCAGGCCAGUUAAAGUCUCCUUCCCUCUCCCAGUCACAGGCAUCCAGAGUGUUAGGUCAGUCCAGUUCCAAACCUACUGCAGCUGCCACAGGCCCUCCGCCAGCCAAUACUUCCUCAACCCAAAAAUGGAAAAUAUGUACAAUCUGCAAUGAGCUUUUUCCUGAAAAUGUCUAUAGUGUGCACUUCGAAAAAGAACAUAAAGCUGAGAAGGUCCCAGCAGUAGCCAACUACAUUAUGAAAAUACAUAAUUUUACUAGCAAAUGCCUCUACUGUAAUCGCUACUUGCCCACAGAUACCCUGCUCAACCAUAUGUUAAUUCACGGGCUGUCUUGUCCGUAUUGCCGUUCAACUUUCAACGACGUGGAGAAGAUGGCAGCGCACAUGCGAAUGGUCCAUAUUGAUGAAGAGAUGGGACCUAAGACAGAUUCUACUUUGAGUUUUGAUUUGACAUUGCAGCAGGGUAGUCACACUAACAUCCAUCUCCUUGUAACUACAUACAACCUGAGAGAUGCCCCAGCUGAAUCUGUUGCUUACCAUGCCCAAAAUACUCCUCCAGUCCCUCCAAAGCCACAGCCAAAAGUCCAGGAAAAGGCAGAUACUCCUGUCAAAAGUUCACCUCAAGCUGCAGUGCCCUAUAAAAAAGAUGUUGGGAAAACCCUUUGCCCGCUCUGCUUUUCAAUCCUAAAAGGACCCAUAUCUGAUGCACUUGCACAUCAUUUACGAGAGAGACACCAAGUUAUUCAGACGGUUCAUCCGGUUGAGAAGAAGCUCACCUACAAAUGCAUCCAUUGCCUUGGUGUGUACACAAGCAACAUGACCGCCUCGACUAUCACACUGCAUCUAGUUCACUGCAGGGGUGUUGGAAAAACCCAAAAUGGCCAGGAUAAGACCAAUGCACCCUCUCGGCUUAAUCAGUCUCCAGGCCUGGCGCCUGUGAAGCGCACUUACGAGCAAAUGGAGUUUCCUCUGCUGAAAAAGCGAAAGCUAGAUGAGGAUGUCGAUUCACCUGCCUUUGAAGAGAAGCCUGAAGAGCCCGUUGUUUUAGCUUUAGACCCAAAGGGUCAUGAAGAUGAUUCCUAUGAGGCCAGGAAAAGCUUUCUAACAAAGUAUUUCAACAAACAGCCCUAUCCCACUAGGAGAGAAAUUGAGAAGUUGGCGGCCAGUUUAUGGUUGUGGAAGAGUGACAUUGCUUCCCAUUUUAGCAACAAAAGGAAGAAGUGUGUCCGAGAUUGUGAAAAGUACAAGCCUGGUGUGUUGCUGGGCUUUAACAUGAAAGAAUUAAAUAAAGUCAAGCAUGAGAUGGAUUUUGAUGCCGAGUGGCUGUUUGAAAAUCAUGAUGAGAAAGAUUCCAGAGUCAAUGCUAGUAAAACUGCUGACAAAAAGCUCAACCUUGGGAAGGAAGAUGAUAGUUCUUCAGACAGUUUUGAAAAUUUAGAAGAAGAAUCCAAUGGAAGUGGUAGCCCUUUUGACCCCGUUUUUGAAGUUGAGCCUAAACUCCCUAAUGAUAACCCAGAGGAACACAUACCGAAGGUAAUUCCUGAGGAGGAUUUAGAAGCUGAGGAGAAGCUAGACCAAAAAGAGGAGAAUAGUUCAAAAUACGAAACUAUUCAUUUGACUGAGGAACCAACUAAACUAAUGCAUGAUGCUUCUGAUAGUGAGGUUGAUCAGGAUGAUGUUGUUGAGUGGAAAGACGGGGCUUCUCCAUUUGAGAGCGGGCCUGGAUCCCAACAAGUGUCGGACUUUGAGGACAACACAUGCGAAAUGAAACCAGGCACCUGGUCUGAUGAGUCUUCCCAGAGUGAAGACGCGAGGAGCAGUAAGCCAGCUGCCCAAAAAAAGGCUACCAUGCAAGGUGACGGAGAGCAGUUAAAAUGGAAGAAUAGUUCCUAUGGAAAAGUUGAGGGGUUUUGGUCCAAGGACCAGUCACAGUGGAAAAAUGCAUCUGAAAAUGAUGAGCGCUUAUCCAACCCACAGAUUGAGUGGCAGAAUAGCACAAUUGACAGUGAGGAUGGGGAGCAGUUUGACAACAUGACGGAUGGGGUAGCUGAGCCGAUGCAUGGCAGCUUAACCGGAGUCAAACUGAGCAGCCAGCAGGCCUAGGUGCCAGGUGCCCCAGCAUCAGAGACAUGCUGCCAGCUGGGGUUCUGUUCUCCCUUCCGUCUGACUGCAGAGCUUAUAUUCUAACUGGUACUGCCUUUUGAGUGCUGGGUCAUAAGGCUUGUGUGGACAUGUGGCCGCUGCAAUCGCGGUGGUUAUUUCUGAAUAUGUGACACAUUGUUGGCUGAUCUUGCUUCAGACCUGCUGUGACAAACACAGUGACUAAAUGUGAAAAACCAAUAAGCUGGUGGCUCACGAACGCACAUGAAGAAAAGCAGAGGUUUAUUUUAUCUGCCUUUUCAACAUUUCUUUUCCUCUGUAAAUGUAUGGUUGGAUGUCUUUGAGAAGCCCCCGAUUCACAUGGUAGUGUAGGGCCAACAUACAAGCUACCAGUUCAACGUGUAUAGUAGACUUUGGGAAAAAUCGAUUUUUUUCUUCAUGUAUUCAUUCUGAAUAGUUGAGAUGUAUAUUUGUACAGUCUUUUAGACCUCUUCAAGUGAUGCUUAUGAUAUUGUUAUUGUGUACCCAUCAUAGAUUUGUUUCUUUUUUUAGUGUUGCCCUUGCUGUGUAAUAAACGCUAUAUCUAGUUUAUCUAGCAGAAGCUUGAAACUACGCUAGUAUGGACUUUUGGACAGACUUAGUUUUUGCACAUAACCUUGUACAAUCUUGCAGCAGAGGCCAGCCACAUAAAGUAUAUAUCUGGACUCUCUUGUAUUAUAGAAUUUUUCUUGUUCUGAAUAUCCUUGACAUUACAGCUGACAAAAAAAAAAACAAAAACCACCGGUAUUUCAGAUCUGUUUUCUGAAAUCUUUUAAGCUAAAAUCACAUGCAAGAAUUGACGACUUUGCAGUCACUAAUUUUGACACCUUUUAGAUCUGUAUAAAACUGUGUUGUGUUAAAGCAGCAAACAAAUGAGUGCUGCAUUUUGGAUAUUUAGUUUUAUCUUUAGUUAAACACCACCUUGGUGUAUUCAUUUAUACCAUCUAAUAUAUGACACACUGUUGUAGUAUGUAUAAUUUUGUGAUCUUUAUUUCCCUUUGUAUUCAUUUUAAGCAUCUAAAUAAAUUGCUGUAUUGUGCUUAA